UAUUAGCAUGGCGCCUGAUGCCCCGUUUUAGCAAAACUUUGGCUCCUUCUGUAUCCACACCUUUCACCUGCCCUGGGUAACACCUAAAACACCCGAGACAUGGCGGGAGUCAUCCGGAGGCUCGAUGAGACUGUAGUGAACCGCAUCGCUGCGGGAGAAGUGAUCCAGAGACCCGCCAACGGAGUCAAAGAACUGAUUGAGAACUGCCUAGAUGCAAAGUCAACCAACAUCCAGGUGACCGUGAAAGAAGGCGGACUCAAGCUUCUCCAGAUUCAGGACAACGGGACCGGGAUCAGGAAAGAAGAUCUGGAGAUCGUGUGUGAGAGAUUUACGACGAGCAAGCUGCAGACGUUUGACGACCUGUCAGAGAUUUCGACGUACGGAUUCAGAGGAGAGGCCCUUUCAAGUAUCAGCCAUGUAGCUCAUGUUACCAUAACAACAAAAACAGCUGAGGCUAAGUGCGCCUACAGAGCGAGUUACAGUGACGGUAAACUGAGAGGAACUCUGAAACCCUGUGCAGGAAACCAGGGAACACAGAUACUGGUGGAGGAUUUGUUCUUUAACGUGUCGACGAGGAGGAAAGCUUUAAAAAGUGUUGCUGAUGAAUACUCUCGGAUCGUGGACGUGGUCAGCAGGUACGCCAUUCACAACUCAGGAAAGAGCUUUUCUGUCAAAAAGCACGGAGAGACGGCAGCCGACGUUCGGACUCAGCCCAACGCCACCGUCAUCGACAACAUCCGAGCAGUCUACGGAAACGCUGUGAGCAGGGAGCUGAUCGAGGUCGGCUUCCGGGAUCAAAAACUGAACUUUGAGUUCAAAGGAUUUAUCUCCAACGCAAACUACUCUGUGAAGAAAUGCAUCCUGAUCCUCUUCAUCAACCAUCGUCUGGUGGAGUCGAGUGCCUUAAAGAAAUCCAUGGAGACGGUUUAUGCUGCCUACCUUCCAAAGAACACACAUCCUUUCCUCUACCUCAGUUUGGAGAUCGCACCUCAGAACGUCGACGUGAACGUUCAUCCCACCAAACACGAGGUUCACUUCCUGCAUGAAGACGCCGUCAUCGAGUGCGUCCAGAAACAAGUUGAAAGCAAACUGCUCGGCUCCAACGCCUCACGCACCUUUUUCACACAGACCUUGUUACCUGGUCCUUCAGGGGUUGAGGUGAAUCCUUGUUCUCGCUCCGAGUCUUCAGAGAGAGUUUACGCUCAUCAGAUGAUCCGGACCGACUGUCGCUCCCAAAAGCUUGACGCCUUCCUCCGUCCUGAUGCUAAACCUGAUCCUAACCCUGAUUCUAAACCUGAUCGCAAACCUGAUUCUAAACGGGCUCAGACUGGCUCUGAUGGCGAGAUGGAUGAUGAUGUCGCAUUGAUGGAGGCUCUGACUGAACACGAGGAGCUGACCGAAGAGGCCGAAGGUCACAGAAAGCGAUCCAGGAAGGAGGAAGAGGAGGAGCUUACAGCCGCCUCCCUUAAGAGACGAGUCAUCAAACUGAACAGCAUCAAAGACCUUAGAGCAGAGAUCGAAGAGAACACACACACAGGUCUUCAGGACGUCCUGCAGAAUCACUCGUUUGUGGGCUGCGUUGAUCCUCAGUGGACUCUGAUUCAACAUCAGACCAAACUGUACCUGCUGAACACCAGCAGACUCAGUCAGGAACUGUUCUAUCAGAUUCUCGUCUACGACUUUGGGAACUUCGGCGUGCUCCGACUGUCGUGUCCCGCCCCCCUCUACGACUUGGCCUUGUUGGCGCUGGACUCGGAGGAGAGUGGCUGGACCGAGGACGACGGUCCCAAAGAUGGUCUUGCUCAGUACAUCGUGGACUUCCUGAAGAGAAAGUCGGAGAUGCUGAAGGACUAUUUCUCCUUAGAGAUCGACCAGGAUGGGAAUGUGAGCGGUCUGCCGUUGCUGCUCGAUAACUUCUCCCCUGUGAUGGAGGGUCUGCCCAUGUUCAUCCUGAGACUCGCCACAGAGGUGAACUGGGACGAUGAGAAGGAGUGUUUCAGAGACUUCUGUAAAGAGUGCAGCUCGUUUUACUCCAUCAGGAAACGCUUCCUCCUGCACGACGACUUGGACUCGGAGGGGAACUCGUGGCGUUGGAAAGUUGAACACGUCAUCUUCAAAGCUGUGCGGAGUCUCUUCAGUCCUCCGAAGAGUUUCAGUGAGGACGGCAGCGUGCUGCAGAUCGCAAACUUACCCGAUCUUUACAAAGUGUUUGAGAGAUGCUGAACAUUCUGUCAUCAGCUACUGUUCCUUGCUCUGUUUGAAAUAAAAACAAAUUCAUGCGUUCAAAGAUUUCUCUGAAAUUAGGAAAAAUCAUCAGCGAGAGUCUCUGAAGAGACGAACACAAAGGGACAGAAAUCAGCUGAUUAACAGUCAACACCUUCUGAUGGUGACAUCAUGGUCAGAG